UUUUUUAUAAUCUAAAGAAAUCAAAGGAGACGCAACAUAGUGCAAUCCAGAAAAUUGUUUAGUCUUGUUACAAAAAAAAGCUCAAGUAUGAUUCUAAAUCGUUUUUGGGCUUUAUCACGCCCUUUAUGUCGUCUUUUUGGCACAUUUGUUAGUCAGGCGGAUGCCCCCUUGGCUCAUGGAGGCUGUAAAGGUCUCGUUGUGGGAGUAUAUGAGACCUCAGAGAAAGCUGCAACUUUCACAGAAUGUGGAGAGCAAACAGAUGCAAUGCUCAAAGGAAGAUUGAGGGCUGAGCUGGAUCGUUGUUGCAUGACCGGAAAGAGUGGUGAGGUGAGAAUCCUCAAUGGGCUACCCGGAGACUUCCAUUCAGUGGCCAUUGUAGGUCUCGGAUCACGAGAGAGGAGCUUCUGUGAGAAAGAAAUGAUGGAUGUGGGAUUGGAGAAUGUUCGUGUUGCUGCAGCUCUAGGUUCCCUUCGACUGCGUGAUGAUUACAUUUCGGAAAUCUCCCUGGAUCCCAUGGGGCAUCCGGAGCAAGCUGCUGAAGGGGCUACCCUUGCCCUUUGGGAAUAUCAGGAUAAUCGCAUGGUUGAAUGUCGUCGUCCAGCUGUAGCACUGGAAUGCUAUCAAUGUCCGGAUGAGGAUUCCUGGACACGUGGGCUGUUCAAGGCAGAAGCACAGAAUUUGGCACGAAAGCUCGCAGAAGCUCCGGCAAAUCAAAUGAGCCCCUCUGUGUUUGCUGAAGUUGCUUCCGAUAGUCUCUGUCCGUGUGGCGUAACAGUGGAUAUCCGAGGAACAGACUGGAUCAUUGCACAGGGUCUUACAGCCUUUAUGGCUGUUGCUAGAAGCUCCUGCGAACCACCAGCAUUUUUGGAGAUAAAUUACACAGGUACUGAUUCUUCAGAACGUCCAAUCCUCCUCAUUGGUAGCGGUGUGACAUUCAACAGUGGAGGAUUGUGCCUAAAGCCCGCAGAAGAGAUGGAGCUGGAACGGGCAACAAUGAGUGGAGCUGCUGUUGUUGUAGCAGCUGUUAGGGCAGCAGCCGCUCUUUCACUUCCAAUUAAUAUUCGUGCAGUUGUCCCACUGUGUGAAAAUAUGCCCUCAGGGAUGUCCUUCAAGGUGGGCGAUGUCUUCAGGUGCUCAAAUGGGAAAUCCAUUGCAGUUCAUGAUACUGGGAAUCCCGAUAUUCUCAUCAUGGCAGAUACUUUUUCGUAUGCAACGCAAAAGUAUAAGCCACGUCUCGUCUUGGAUGUUGCCACAUUAACCACAAGGUUUAACCCUUUGGGCAGUACAGCAUCGUGUGUCUUUGCCACUUCGGAUCCCAUGUGGAAGGAACUCCAGAAGGCAGCUGCCCUUACGGGGGAUCGUGUCUGGAGGUUUCCCUUUUGGAAAUACUAUACACACCAAAUUGCAAACUUUACAAACUUUGACCUGAGCAAUAGGGGCGAUGGACAAGGAUAUACAUGCCGUCAGGCGGCCUUCCUCAGGGAAUUCGUGGGUGAUACAAUGUGGAUUCACAUGGAUAUUGGUGAGGCUGGUCUGGUGGCAAAGAACAAUUUUGUCCCAUACUAUCGCGAAGGUAAAAUGACUGGACGCCCAACACGUGCCCUCAUACAAUUCCUCUACCAAGUUGCGUGCCCAGAACAAAUCACGGAUUUAAGGGAAGUUUAACUCAACCCAACCCAACCCAUGCUCAGGUUGAUUCUGUCGUACUUUCAGGACAUUUGAGACACGUCUCGCCAAUAAUCCUGUAAAUUAUUCAAUAUUCUUAUGGGAAAUAGAAGAACUUGCUUUCUCUC